GCGUACCUGCGCGGACCGGAGUAGUCGAACCCUGGUGCUCCCAGUUGUUCGGCUGGGUGCUAGGGGUAGAAGACGACCACUGGGCCUGAGGGUUGUCGUAGUAGGACAUGUUGCAAUGUUCUCGGGGUUGGGUGGGAAAAAUCGGGACGUAGACGAUUCGGCUCGGGGUCUUUCAAAUCUCGGACAAUGAAGAUCUAUUGGGAGAAUGUCUGGUCAGUUUGGUGCUGUUGCGGGAUGUUGACGACAGAAUGCGACGGCGAUGUGCAGCGCAAUGCGAGAACGGUGCCAGAAACAAGGGCAAUACGAAAGGUGAUUGAGGAAAUUUGCCGCUGCGGCCGAUGUCAAGAUGCGCACCAUCGGCCAGCUAAGACAUGGAUCCAUCAAAAAGCACCACCUAACGCUCCGGGGCCCCUCGUCGCAACACGUUGACAAAUCGACCGGAAUCCUGUGCGUCGAGGUCUCGACU